AUGGCUAGCCUUUCAUCGUGUGCGAUGCGCUCGGCAGCCCGUCUGGGCCGUAACUCAGCACUUGGCGUGUCUCUUAAAGGCACUGCUCGUGCGGCUACGAUUAUCGGCGGCGCCAGGAGGCGAACAUACGUUACCGGGUCGAAGCCUAAUAACGCUCAAGUCGAGACAGCCAUCAAGCUGGACAAGAAGGACUUUGCUGGUAUCCCCCCUUCAAUGAUGCAGAAUGGCAGCGAGAUGAAGAUUAGCCCCAUGGCAGAGGUCCUCAAAGACGCUGCUAUUAUGGAGGAAGGACAACGGCCAAUCUAUCUCGAUAUGCAAGCGACGACGCCCGUUGAUCCCAGAGUCCUCGAUGCCAUGAUUCCGUACUACGUCGGCGUCUACGGUAACCCGCACUCCCGGACACACGCCUACGGCUGGGAGAGUGAGAAGGCUGUUGAGGAGGCCCGUGAGCACAUUGCCAGCCUCAUUGGUGCUGAUUCCAAAGAAAUUAUUUUCACCAGCGGUGCGACGGAGAGCAACAAUAUGAGCAUCAAAGGUGUCGCCCGCUUUUUCGGGCGCUCCGGCAAGAAGAGACACAUCAUCACAACACAGACCGAGCACAAGUGCGUGCUUGAUAGCUGCAGACAUCUUCAGGAUGAAGGCUUCGAAAUCACAUAUCUGCCAGUACAGAACAACGGUCUGAUCAACAUGGACGAGCUCAAGGCGGCCAUUCGCCCUGAGACUGCUCUCGUCAGCAUCAUGGCUGUCAACAACGAGAUUGGUGUCAUCCAACCCAUCGAAGAGAUUGGCAAGCUGUGCCGCUCGAACAAGAUCUUCUUCCACACCGAUGCCGCUCAGGCUGUUGGCAAGAUUCCCCUCGAUGUCAACGCAAUGAAUAUUGACCUGAUGUCAAUCUCAUCGCAUAAGAUUUAUGGCCCUAAGGGCAUCGGUGCCUGCUACGUCCGUCGCCGUCCUCGUGUCCGUUUGGACCCCCUCAUCACUGGCGGUGGACAGGAGCGAGGUCUUCGCAGUGGUACUCUGGCACCCCCACUGGUCGCUGGCUUUGGCGAAGCUUGCCGCAUCGCCAAGGAAGAGAUGGAGUAUGACUCUAAGCGCAUCAAGGCAAUGUCUGAUCGCUUGCUCAAGGGGCUCCUCGCCAUGGAACAUACAACGCAGAAUGGCGAUCCCAAUGCAUUCUACCCUGGCUGCGUCAACGUCUCCUUUGCCUACGUUGAGGGCGAGUCGCUACUGAUGGCGCUCAAGGACAUUGCCCUGUCGUCGGGUAGCGCAUGCACUUCGGCUUCUCUGGAACCCAGCUAUGUUCUCCGUGCUCUCGGAAACAGCGACGAGAGCGCCCACAGCAGUAUUCGUUUCGGAAUUGGCCGAUUCACCACCGAGGCUGAGAUUGACUAUGUGCUCAAGGCGGUCGAGGAGCGCGUUACUUUCCUGCGCGAGCUGAGCCCACUGUGGGAGCUUGUUCAGGAGGGUAUCGAUCUGAACACGAUCCAAUGGAGCCAGCAUUAA